GGUUAGUGAUGAUGGGUGACCACAACCAACGAGAGCAGUCAUAGUAUCUGUUUCUCGGUCUCAGACAUUAUAUGUGUAGCCUUCCUAUAGGAAGCUGAUCAGUUCUGAAUGGGAAAAGUGGAGUACUGCUGAGUCAGAGGCGUGCGGUUACGGGAUUACGCCACACUCAUCAUGGCACCCCAGCUUGUUUGGCUUUGCGUGAUGACGUAGGGGAAUAUUUUUACGUCCAGUAAGGGUCAUCCAGGGAAACAGACACGAUAAGCUAAGUCGAGGUUUAGUUGUUCCACCUGACCCAGACUCAUUUUCAUCAUGGCAUUGAGAAGCGCUGUCUGCCGUCUCUUAGUCAACCCUCACAGAUGUGCUGUCAUCACAGCUUCCAGAGCACAGGGAACUGCAGCAGCUGCCACACACGAUGCAGAGAAGACAGAGCAGAAAUCUAAAGCACCGAAGGUCCAGUUCGACUGGCGUGAUGCUCUGGACCUGGAGGGCCAGCUAACAGAGGAGGAGAUCAUGAUCAGGGAUUCCUUCCGGACCUACUGUCAGGAGAAACUCAUGCCUCGCAUCCUGAUGGCGAACAGAAAUGAAGUGUUCCACAGAGAAAUUGUGUCAGAGAUGGGAGAGAUGGGUGUCCUGGGUCCAACUAUUAAAGGUUAUGGCUGUGCUGGGACAAGCUAUGUGGCCUAUGGUUUGAUUGCCAGAGAAGUAGAGAGAGUGGACAGUGGCUAUCGCUCAGUUAUGAGCGUGCAGUCAUCUCUGGUCAUGCACCCCAUUAAUGCCUACGGCACAGAGGAGCAGAAACAGAAGUACCUCCCCAAACUGGCUCGUGGAGAGAUCCUGGGCUGCUUUGGCCUGACAGAGCCUAACCAUGGGAGUGACCCCGGUAGCAUGGAAACCAGAGCCAAAUACAAUCCCUCCAGUCGCACCUACACUCUGACUGGCUCCAAGACAUGGAUCACCAACUCCCCGGCGGCAGAUAUAGCCGUAGUUUGGGCCAAAUGUGACGACGGGAAGGUCCGCGGCUUCAUUUUGGAGCGUGGCAUGAAAGGCCUCUCCACACCAAAGAUUGAAGGAAAGUUUUCCCUGAGAGCCUCGGCCACUGGUAUGAUCCUCAUGGAUGAGGUGGAGGUUCCUGAGGAGAACCUGCUGCCUAAAGUCUCUGGCCUGGGGGGUCCCUUUGGCUGCUUGAACAAUGCUCGUUACGGUAUUGCAUGGGGUGCUCUGGGUGCUGCAGAGUUCUGCUUCCACGCAGCUCGUCAGUACACGCUCGACAGAAUUCAAUUUGGAGUACCGUUGGCAAGAAAUCAGCUGAUGCAGAAGAAAAUGGCUGACAUGCUGACAGAAAUCACCAUCGGCCUGCAGUCCUGCCUGCAGCUGGGCAGACUUAUCGAUGAGAAAAAAGCCUCUCCAGAGAUGAUAUCCAUGUUGAAAAGGAACAGCUGCGGGAAAGCUCUGGACAUCACCAGGCAGGCCAGAGACAUGCUGGGAGGAAACGGCAUCGCUGAUGAGUACCACAUCAUCCGCCACGUCAUGAACCUGGAGGCUGUCAACACGUAUGAAGGUACUCAUGACAUCCAUGCCCUGAUCCUGGGCAGAGCCAUCACUGGAUUGCAGUCCUUCACUGUGGGCAAAUAGCUCCAACUUCUCACCGCCGUUCCCAAACACCAGGAUUGCCGUCAGAAAUGCAAAACCCAUCCAAACCGUUAGAAGUCAGGAGCAGACUUCAGAUCAUUUAUGUGAAUUCUCUUAUGGAAAGGAUUUGAUUGUAGAAAACAUAUUUGGGGAGAAAUCUGUCAUGUUUUGAAUGUGUCAGUUAAAUUUUGGACUGUUGUAGAGUGUGAUCAACUCAGAUCAACUUUUUUUUUACACACUAGAGUGAGAGAGAGAUAUUUUUCCCAGCAGGAAGCAACUUUAUUGAUUGUUUACUGAAAACGUUAUUUUUAAUAAUUCCAAAUGAGGUCAGGAUUGAGACUGGCUGCCGUUACAGUCACGUUAAAAAGCUGAUACUGCAGUUAUAGAAACAUAAAUGCCUGCAGCGUGUUUGUAAUUGCUUGUGAAGCGUUUUGUUUGAAAUGUUGAAUUGGUGUCAGACAUGGUAUGCUGUGAUUACGUUUAGCACUUUACAGGAUCUAACACUAACGUCAGAACUCUGCAUGGUUUGUAAGAGGGCAAAGUUUUUCAGAGCUUAAAUUAAAAAAU